CACGUGCCCACUUCAGGCACAAGCAUGUGAUUGUUUCCUUCUUCGCGGAUCACCAGGUUCCUCGAGGAGGGCAACUCAUUGAUAAGAAGCUCCGCAGUUACUACAAACUCAGAGCAGACGUCCAAGGACAGCUCCUCGAUAGCUUGAUAGCUUUUGUUGUCAUAUCAGCGCAAACUUCCUGCUGGGGGCGUCACAUCUGACGCAGCAGCGGUGGUAGAAGGAAGCAGGCUCGAGGCUGAGACAGCAGCCGCGAGCUCAGCUCAGCGGAGGUUUUGGACAACCGAGACACUGGACUGAGAUGCUGGUAUUAUCCGUCGCAGGAAACACUGACGUAGAAGGACAGGAGUGCGUCUGUGGUCCAGAUGAAGUGUUUGCUGAUAGCCAGUGAGAGCGCUGAGGUCCUCUUCCAGUGGACCGACCCUGAAUUUCAGCAGAAUGUCCAAGAGCAGUAUGGGGCAUCCCAAGAAGAGGGCCACGGGCUUCCAGCCUUCGAGGACAGCAUCAGCACUCUGUUUGCUCCCAUUAUUAUCUCCUGCAGCACCAUGGUGGACAGGCUGUGUGACAGCUACACCUCCUUCACCACAGAAAACAACCACAUCUAUGUCCUACACCAGUUCGAUGAGUGUCUCUACAUUGCUGUGAAUGGAGACGGGGAGGAGGGAGAGGGUGAUCUGAGGAGGAAGAUCUAUGUGAUGAAAAAGAUGAUUGAUGUCAUGUUUGGCAUGGUCACCCUCAGCAGUAACCUCCUCAGGAGAGAACUGCGUCCUCAGGACACGGAGCAAAGGGCAAGGCUGUGGAAGCAUCUCCAGAGCCUGCUGGAGACCUACAGCCAGCUCCGAGAAAACGACCAGAGCUUCUUGGUGGAGGCAGUGGAGAGGCUGAUCCACCCCACGCUGUGUGAGCAGUGCAUCGAGUUUCUGGAGCGCCGUUUAGUUCACCAGCUCAAUGGCAGUGUAGAGAGAGCAGGAGAGGAGGUGCUGCACGCCUUCAUCCUGGUUCACACCAAACUGCUUGCCUUCUACUCCAGCCGCAAUGCAAGCUCGCUCUCCACCUCAGACCUCCUGACUCUCAUCAUCAUGGCACAGAAUAUGUAUCCUAGCAACAUAGACCUGGAUGAUACAUAUCCUGAGGAUGUUGAGAGUACAUCCGGUUCUGGUCCUGACAGUUUUUACACGCCAGAGCCCUCCCCUACAGACAGGGACUCAAGCAGUUCAGCAGACAGGCCAGUGAGAGGAAGUACUCCUGUGUUUGAGUUUGUGGACCCAGAUGUCCAGAUGGCAGAGGACAGUUUGCAGGCUCUGGAAGUUCCCCCGCCUUCCCCUUCAACUCCUCGCAGAGUCUUCUUAGAGGUCUCACUCAAAGAUGGGCUGUAUCCCAUGAUGCCUCACUCCAUGUACUGUCUGCCACUGUGGCCGGGCAUUAGCCUUGUAAUGCUAACUAAGAUUCCUACCAGUCUAGUGGCCAUGUCAGUGUAUAUGUUUUUGGAAGCCUUUGCCAAGCUGGAAAAGCGUUUAAGUGAAGGCCAAGAAGGUUCUGCUGCUACUAGAGCCCAGCCGACUAUACAUGACGUACGAAGCAAACUGGAUAAAUUCAUUAAAGCCCUGGGGCCAAGUGAGAUACAGUCUGCACAGUUACAAAACGUCUGGACAGAGUUCAAGAACCGAGCCUUUUCCAGAGGAGGGCCUGGGUUCAACAGAGAUCUUAUCCCAUGGUGUAAGAAUAUGAAGACCCAGCUGUGUGGAAUAUACCGACAAUUCUUUCUCAUUGAAUCUGGAAAAGCUGACAUUCCUCAACGUCUCUCUACCAGUCUGCAGGAACGAGCCCAGACCAUGGUGCAAGAGAAACUGAUGGACUGGAAGGACUUUCUUUUGGUGAAAAGCAAGAGGAAUAUAACCAUGGUGUCUUACCUGGAGGAUUUCCCUGGCCUCAUCCAUUUUAUCUGCGUGGAUCGAUCUACCGGCCAAAUGAUUGCGCCGUCGCUUAACAUCACUGAACGCAACACGUCUGAGCUGGGGAAGGGACCAUUGGCUCAGUUCAUCAAAAGCAAGGUUUGGGGCCUGGUCAGCACAACACGGCGCUAUCUGCAGAAGGGUUACUCCACGGUCACAUUGCGCGACGGAGACUUCUACUUCUGCUACUUCCUCUGGUUUGAAAAUGAAACCGGGUACAAGUUAGAGGCAGGGGACAUACCCAUCCUACCUGAUGACUCUGCUCCCAUUGGGAUGCUUGCCGGGGACUACUACAGGAAGCUGCUGCGGUACUAUAGCAAGAAUCACCAGGGUGAAGUGGUGAAGUGUUACGAGCUGCUGACAGUUCACCUGGGGGUCAUCCCCACUGAGAUCAUCCUCCAGCACUGCAGACAGCUGGCAAGCAAACUGUGGGAGCCGUCGCGCAACCCACUGCUAUAAACACACCCACACACUUGAACUGAGUCACAGUAGCCAAGGUACUUGUUUGUUCUAUUGCCAAGAACUGAAAAAAAACUAUAUAUAUUUAGAUGUAGACUGUGACCAGUGCCUGCGUUUCAUGUUUCCAUAAUUUUCAUUGUGUAUUAUGUUUGAUUGGCACAAUGGAAAACCAUUGUGAACUAAUGCACUUAUGUCUCUUGUAUGAAGCAUAUUGGCAAUAUCACUCAUGUAUUUUUGAAUAUUCAUUUAUGAUCUGUUUCCUAUUUAUUAGUAAUACUGUAUUGUUUUCACAUUGUAAUAUUUUUAGCUGAUCAAUUUUUAUAAAUGCAGAUACUGCCCAUUGUUGCCUUUACUACUGCUAGUGUCAUAACUUGUAUGAAUGAAACAUGCAAUUACUGUAUGUCUCCCUUUUAACAUAGAUUAUAUUUUGGAGACAAUAAAUAUGUCUCA